AUGACAGAAAAAGUUUUCAAAAAAAGCAAGACUUUCAGAAUUCCAGACGUUCUUAAUGAAAAGAAAAGUAAAAAGCGAAAAUGGUCACCAGAAGAACCCAAGCAGAAAGAUAUGGCUUUGGUCGGAGAAUUCAUUGCAAACACACUCCUCUUUCUCUCCCCUCCUCUGUCCUCUUUCUCUCCCCUCCUCUGUCCUCUUUCUCUCCCCUCCUCUGUCCUCUUUCUCUCCCCUCCUCUGUCCUCUUUCUCUCCCCUCCUCUGUCCUCUUUCUCUCCCCUCCUCUGUCCUCUUUCUCUCCCCUCCUCUGUCCUCUUUCUCUCCCCUCCUCUGUCCUCUUUCUCUCCCCCUCCUCUGUCCUCUUUCUCUCCCCUCCUCUGUCCUCUUUCUCUCCCCUCCUCUGUCCUCUUUCUCUCCCCUUCUAAGCUUUGAAUACCUCUUCUUCCUCUUCCCCACUUCUCUACAUACCCUUUCAUUCUCUCCCCUCCCCCAAUUUUGA